AGCUCGUCGGUGUCCCCGAAGAGAGACGGAAGUGACGGAGGCUCGAGUAAUCGGUCGCGACCACCUAUGGCGGCCGCGAGCUUUCCACCGAGUUUCACGAACGUCGGCGUCAUAGAGAACUGCCCCACCUCGAGCUCCUUGAAAUCGAUACGGUAUCGGGCUCGACAAUGGGGCCAGAAACUCGAUGGUACGACGAAGGACGAACUCUGCUAACGAUCGCGUCGGACGAUAUCUCUGCCAGGAGAUAUAGCCCAAUGACACGAUCUCGUGGUUACGCCGUUUACAAACAGAUUCGUAAUAAAAGAUCUUUAGCCUUAGCGCGCUCUUUAUCGUCGCUUUCGAUUCGAUCGUAGCGAGGGAAAAAGGACAAGAGGAAGGAAAUGGAUAAAAAUCUGAUAAAGAGCGAACAAAAUGAUGUCGGACAGCCAACGAUUACGUAUUUAUAAGCACGUGUCGCGAAUAAGUGGUGGAUAAAAUUACGCAAAGCGGCGGAAAGCGAUAAGCUCGGGAGAGAGAGGGGGGAGAGAAGGAAAAUACGAUAAGAAGGAAAAUCUCGCAAAGUCUCGACGGAGAGCGAGCGAGCGAGAGAGAGAGAGAGAGAGAGAGAGAGAGAAGGGGGAGAGGGAGGGAAAGAAGGAAGGAUGGAAGUUAAGUGAGUGUUCCGGCAACGAAGGGUGAGGUCGAACGAGACUAAGGGUGAGAAGAGUGUGUAGCGGUAGUGGUAGUAGCAGUGGCAGCCAGUAGUAAAGACCGGCUCGUGUCUGGCACGCCGUACCACCCGGUGCAACUCGUCGUGACGAGAAUACGUUCGCUACCGACGAGAACCAUUUUUGAUCUCUCUCCGUGUGUCCCUCCCCCUCUCCCUCCCUCCUCGAAACGAUCAACCGAGCGCCAUUUUACGAUUUACAGGUUAACGUUUGCUCGAGCGAGUCCUCGAAACGUUACGAAGCAAGGAAAGAAACUAUUUUCGUUUCGGCGAAUAAAAGACUUUUAAAGAACGGACGUUAAUUGGUGCGUUGUUAGCGACUAAGAGAGUAGACGCCGUAAAAAACAAAGAAAGAUCCUUGUACACGUAACAGAUUUCUCGCGAAAACUAUGUAGUCGAUUCUUUCCUGUCACGUAGCUACCUGUUAUUCGCGUUUGCGACGCGAGAGGAGAAUGAUAAAAUGAAUCUUCGUAAGUAAGAGGCCUUUCGGACUCGUAGCCUCGAGGUGAGAACGUUCCGAAGUAGUAGCUAGCUCGCGCUCGUUAUUUCACAGUACUUACGACUUUCUCUCUCUCUCUCUCCACGAGAGCCACGAGAGAGAAGAGAGUUUACGCUCGGUAAGUCACGGAAUUUAUGGGAUCGCAGAAUUUAUAGUUUCAAUUUCCGUGAUAUUCAAACGGCGCUAGCUGCCAGUGGCGAUCGCUUAAAAUUCGAACUUGACUGCGCCUAUUAAUCGUUCCUUCAUUUUCGAUAUUCCAAUGCGAGUUAAUGCGCGGGAAGAUAGUAAGCCCGUAAUUAUCUUUUCUCGCUGUAAAACGAGAAGAGAUCUUUCCUAUCGAUUUUCAGCUCUGUCCAAAGUAAAAAGGAUACGUUUGACGCGACAUAGAUAUUUUUUACGUCCGCCCGUUACUUAUAUUCGCGUUUCGCGCAUUAAAGUAAAGUUCCAUUUGGCGAAAUUGCGAACGGCCGGCUUUGUCGAGGCAAAAUCGUUACCGCGUUUGUUUCAUUCUCUUCUUCCAUCUCUCUUUUUUUCUCUAUCUCUCUCUCUCUCUCUCUCUCUCUCUCGUACGACCCGCAGCACUUGUUAAGAGCUCCCUCGGAUGAGUUCCUUUGUAAAAUAACCCAGAUAGCUUUCACCGGGGCCGAGUUACUCGGCGUAACGAUCGCGGCCGAAUGUGCGUGGCCGAUGUAGUUGCGGCUUGUCGGUAUUCGUCCGCGCGCGUAUACGUAGGAGAACGCGAAAAGUGCAACGCCGUGCACUGGAACGUCGAAAUUAUUCGACGCGAUCCUCGACGGGUAUGUCUUUUUUAGAUAGCUCUCUCGUAUCUUUGCGAAUCGAUCGCGAAAACUUGGCUGCUCUGCUCGGCGCGUUAGUCCGUCUAACGGUUCGUUGCUCCUCGACGACGCGAUAGACGAGGUAAAUUGAAUUUGCGUAAUAAAGUUGCUACGACCGCACCGUCGUCCUCGUCCUCCGUAUGCAUCGGGGAGUGUGUGCGCGUGUGUACGUACAUACACACACGUAUACGUAUGUAUAUAUAGCUAGAAUAUAAAGGGAAACACGUGGCUAGAGGGUGAACGACGCGAUUCCAGUCUCCGGGAGGACGGGGAAGCACGACGAGUGCCGUCGAACGGGUCACCCCCAGGUGUCUCCUCUCUCUCUCUCUCUCUCUCGAACGAACGAACGAACGAAUCCUCUUAAAGGGAGCUCGUAUUGCAGAGAGGAAACACCGCGAGUGAACGCUUCCUGCUUUUUGUUCGCAACGACUCGAGUGGAAUUCGCGCGCGAUUUUUACGUUCCACUCUGACGUCUUUCUUGCGUCUCGUUCGAUCGACUUUUCCAUAUGUAUGCGCCCGUUUCGAGGGAAUCUUUAAUCGAGAGAAUACGUACGAUGGCGCGACGACGUUGAUUUCCAAGUACAAAAGUUGCACACUCUCGUCCAGUCGAGUUCUUCUCCUUUGGCCAUUUUUGUUUUCCCCCUCAGCCACGCGCCGGUACGACGUAGGCACAUAGUUGCGUAUAUUUACCGAAUAAGGUCAACGCAUUCACCUUGAGACGUUCCUCGCACGCUCGGAAUCCGUCCGACGAUUUGGAGGUUGGCCAGCUAUUUCCGAUCGUGACCUAUCCUCCUAUCGGCUCACCGUGUGGUCCACGAAAGAAAAUGGAAGGAGGAGAUCGAUGGGGUGGAAAGGAAAAGGGAUAAGAAAGAUAUCCGACGUCGAUCUCGGCCAGCUCGUAGAGAGUACUCGGUCUAAAAGAUCUCGCGAUAUAUCUCGCCGAGAGAUAAUAACUCCGUCGAACGUUCUCCUACGAGCGCACAAGCCCACGAACCGUACGCGCCUCACGGUUGCAUAACUCAUGGCGUCGACCCACGGAGAACCGCCGUCGCUUAUACCGGUUUCGCCGCGAGCCCACGUACUCGGUUAUUCGCUCCUUGCGCGAACGCUUACCACGCGUGCUUCUCCCUCUCUCCAUUUUCCUUUUCUUUUCCUCGGCGGCGAACAACGCGCGCGACGAGAGAACCGAAGCGGUUCGUUAACGGGUUUUCGAGCGUGGUCGUGUCGGUUGCGAAAUCUCGAGCGAAUGAAUUCAUAUUUCAUCGUUUUUCCCGUCGCGCUUGUUCCUCCGUCCGCGAAAAAACGUCGUUAAACGAUCUCGCCGCGAGAGAUUUCGAAUCCCAUAUAAAUCGCGCGACGUUCGAUCGCUCGCUCGCUCGCUCGCGCGUAAACGCGUACGUAGGAACGACUCUGAUUAAUUCGAUCGAGUUUCCUGCACACGGUUUACCGACCGAAGGGGACGCGUCAUAAUUUUGGCCAAUGCCGUCGCAACGGAUUAUAGCUUAUUUAACGAUGCAGGGUCCUCUGUCGAAGGGCAGAGGUACUACGGAUCAUUGGCACGCGUCGAUCGCGUCGAUACUCCUCGUUCCGAUCGAACGUAUUCCAAAGAGAUAACGCGUUCGUUUCUCCGUGGUCGAUCGGUCGGUCGGUCGGUCGGUCGAUCGAUCGAUCGAUCGAUCGAUCGAACGAUCGUUCGUUACUGCAUCGAAUUUAGAGCGGCCAUUGGCAGAAAAACGCGAAACGUUCGUUCGCGGAUCGCGUACGAUCGGGCUCGCUUUGAUCUCACGAUCGCAGGAACGUACCAACGUUGUCCCGCUACGACGACGGCCGUUUUUAGAGCUCGCGGGAAAACGGAAAAGGAUAUCGAGUCGGAAAAUGUAUCGAAAGUCGCGACGAACUUCGAGAGAGAGGAGAGAGAGUGCCACUAGUACGCGCGACGACCGUCGCGCGUUAGAGGGGGCGCCCGCGUCGCGCGUUCAUCCCCCCCGCAGCCUAGCGACCCGAGUAGGGGCACCCCCUCCUGACCUCACCUCCGCCUACCCUCCGGUAAACGCGUUCGGCCAACGAGCUACGUUCCCCCUCCCUCGCGACAGCCGGCGCGGCGCCACUGCCGCCUAGCCGGCGAGGCAGGAGCUACCCCCACCACUCGAGCACCGGCAGCCGGUGCGAGCGCAUAGUCGACGCACGUCGUUGAGAGAGAAGCAGGGACGCGCGUUUCCUUCUCGUUUUCUUCUUGCGUUCCAAGACCGUGCGCGAGCGUCUAUGCGCGUGUGCGUGUGUGCGUGCGUGCGUCCUCAGGACGAAGCUACGUUUCGACCGACGACUUCAGCCGACGGAAAGAAGAGCGUCUUCGCGGGCUCGUCCUCGCUCCUCGGAAGAGAAUCGAGAAUCGAAAUCGAGAGAAAUUUGGCGCGUCCCCUCGCGCACGCGUGACGCGAGGAAGAAGAAAGCCGCCGCCGCCGCCGCCGCUGCUGCCGCUGCCGCUGCUGCAAGGAUAACGAAGAGAAGAAAGGAGAGACGACCGAGUAUCCUGCGAUCCCCGGAGUGCGUUACCGUGCCUCGUGUGCGUGGCUCUCCGUGAAAAAAGACGAGGAGUAAGAGAGAGAACGCCGGCAUGGAGGCAGCGAACGGUGCCAUCGAGCACGAUUUUCACAAUGCUCUGGUCCCGAUAAACGGUAGCCAUUCCGGCAGUUCUGGUAGAAGUACGCCAAACGGAGGCGAUCCAGCCCCUGGAAAACUCUUUGUCGGUGGUCUGUCGUGGCAAACCAGUAGCGAAAAGCUCAGGGAAUACUUUGGCAUGUUUGGAACCGUAACUGACGUUCUCAUCAUGAAGGAUCCUGUUACUCAGCGUAGUCGUGGGUUCGGUUUCAUCACGUUCGCCGAGCCCGGCAGCGUCGACAAGGUGCUGAAGUGUCCUAUCCACACCCUGGACGGGAAGAAGAUCGACCCGAAGCACGCGACGCCGAAGAACCGCGCGAAGCAGGCUAAUCGGACGAAGAAGAUCUUCGUCGGUGGGGUGAGUCAGGAGACGAGUAGCGAGGAGGUAAAGGCCUACUUCAACCAGUUCGGCAAGGUCGAGGAAACGGUGAUGCUGAUGGAUCAGCAAACGAAGCGACAUCGGGGUUUCGGCUUCGUUACGUUCGAGAACGAGGACGUGGUGGAUCGCGUCUGCGAGAUCCAUUUUCAUACUAUCAAAAACAAGAAGGUCGAGUGUAAGAAGGCUCAGCCGAAGGAAGCGGUACAACCGGGUGCCCUAGCCCUCGGUAAGAGAGUGGUUUUGGGCGCGUUGGGCGUUAGAUUGGCGCCCCAACCGCCGCUCCCGGUGGCCGCGGCGGCAUCUCAGAUCGUCGCCGCACAAGCGCAGGCCCAGGUACAAGCGGCCGCGGCCGCGGCUGCGGCUGCCCAAGUACAAAACGCCGUCGCUGGCUACGGAAAGUUGUUCGCUAGCAGCUAUCCCGCGUUAUCCGCCUACAGAUACGCGCCCUAUCCGAUUCCGGCCGCGGCGGUCGCAGCCGCGGCCGCGGCCGCGGCACCCGCCCCGGCACCGGCCCCUCCUGCGGCUGCCGCGGCCGCCGCGGCUGCGGCUGCGGCGAGUCCGGCUGCGGCGGCAGCUCCUGGCAAUCCCUAUCAAGGAUAUUCCCUCACCAACGUCGACAUGUCGAGCUUCCAAGGUGUCGAUUGGGGCUCUAUGUACGGCAUGGGCAUGUACGUCUAAGCUCCUUUCUUCUAUCGUCACACCUCUCUCUUUCUCUUUCCUUCCUCAAAUUCUUUGCUUCCUCCGUCUCUCCUCUCACCACUCUUACGUCCCGUUCGCGUCGUUUGCCUUUCGCUUCUACCAGCGACUCCCUCCUUCCCUCCCUCUUUCCUUCUUUCUCCGUCUCCACUUUGACUCGUCGCCCAUUCUUCCUCUCUUUGUCUAUAUGUUUCUCUCUCUCUCUCUCUCUCUCUGUCUCUCUCUCUGUCUCUCUCUCUCUCUCUCUCUCUGUCUCUGUCUCUGUCUCUGUCUCUGUCUCGACCAUCACCAGCUUGACCGCCGACGCGAACAUUCGGAGAAAUCGAAUGCGAGAUUUACAAGUGCCUGCUGCUUAUCUCUCUGGAGUCUACGACGAUGACAACAACAUCAAUAAGAAGAUUUCUCGUCUAUCUUCGCGAGAAAUAUCGAGGCAACAUCGAUCCCUUGGUAGAAGCGCGAACGCACGGCGCGAAGCGGCCGCACCUUGACAUAUUUGUUAUCUCCUUCAAGAUCAAAAGUUCAAACCGAUAAAGACUGGAAUACGGGUAUGUACCGCAGGAUGACUGAUCUCGUCGAUUAGAGAGAUACUCGUAGCCACGAAUUCGAAUUAGAGGAAGAAGUGUAGCUGCGAACGAGUCGCGAUAUAUAUAUGUACCUCUAGUUAAGGACGAGGCGAGCGCGUGGAGAAAAAAUGGGAAUACCGAGGAGCGAGAAGAGAAACACGAUGCUUCGAGACGAAUUCCAAGGUUUUUUUUUUUUACGUUCUCCUCGUUAUUUUUUUAUUGUCUCGAUUCGAAGCUAUCACGAUUUUUUGUUUUCUUUUGUCCCCCUAUUUUCGAAUCGUACAUUCGUAUUUCGCGCUUGUCGAUUCGCAAGUUACGCGUCCCCCGUGGCAGCGUCACGGUCUCGUUGUCGCGGUCUCGUCUUGCGGCCCCGAUCGUAAUUACCGAUUAUCAAUUAAAAAAAUUCGCGUCGCCGAAUCGACCCUUCGAUUAACCGGUCGUUCUCCGUUUUUGAACGCGACGCGUGCAAGCAAUAAAAUAUAGCGUGAAGACAAAAAAAAACGGGGCCAGACUCGAUACCGCCAACGAACGAAUACGUUCCAAAGGUCUUUGUCUCGGUUUAUUUAAACAUUUUUUUUUUUUUUUAUUCUUUCUCAAAUGUUCUUUCUUUUUCGCGUUACGUACCCAGCGAGAACUUGCGUUUUCCCAAGAGAUAGUCGAAAGUAUCUAUUAUAUCGAUCGUAUCGAUCCCGACUACGAUCGAUCUUUCCUCGACUUUCGAUACGUAUUUUCGUCACUCUCGGGAAAGCGUAACACGGCGACUCUACACUUUCCGUAAAAAAAGACACGCAUACACGGGGACACGAGAGAUAUUUGCAUGUAUAUGUACGCGAAUAUAUAUACACACACACACACAAAUAUAUACUCACACACCCGCUCACCCCUCGACACACACACACACAUACACGCAGAGAGAGCACACGAAAUACAUACGUACACGUAUAUACACGUGUGGAAGGUCGCUUUGGUCGACAAGAGUACAGACAAAUACGUCUAGAUAUAUGAUGUAUAGCGUAAUACAUAUAUAUUUUUCUUCGAGUAACGGAAGACAAUAUUUCUCCGAUCUUGAUCGCGCGUACGUUAAUAUUAAUAAUAACUUUUUAGAUGACGCGUUCGCGUAAGAUUAGGUUCUCUUGCGUAAAAAGCUGGGUUAACGUUACAUUUACACGAAUACACACAUGCGCGCGCGCACUUACACACGGCGAGAACGAAACACGUAAUUGUACGAGACACGGAUAGUAUUUAAAAAGACAUUUCGACAUCCGUUUUGAAAUUCCGCGCGCGCGUGUACUCGCUCGGAAAUGACUACGGACGACUCUUUCUGAAAGAUGGUGUAACGGAAGGACUCUUUGUUUUCAUUGAAUUGCGAACUCGGCGAGUUUACUUAAACGGAAUAAUUAAUAGCGAUAACGACAAACAAGACAACUUUUGACGAAUAAGAAGAAGGCAAAAUACUUUGUCUGCGCUCUAUCCGCGCGAGUAUAAUAAUAAAAAUAAUAAUAAUAAUAAUAAUAAUAAUUACUAUUACUAAGAGAAAAGAACAAAACGGAGAAGAUACUCGUUCAUAGAUUACGUUUUAACCGUAUGCGUAUAUAAAUGUAUACACGUACGCGCGGGCCUACUCGACGUACGACAGAUGCCGCGCGUCCGUCCUACGGAAAGUAUUAACGUACGUGCGUGUAUACGCGUAUAUAUAUGUAUGUAAAUUAUAUACAUAAAUAUUCUAUAACCAUGUAAGUCUCGUUCGUACGUUGGCAAACGGACGAACCAGGAACCCAAGAUUGAGAUUAGCUGGACGCGCGUUAACCGAGCGAGUCUAAUUAGAUUAAUUAAAUCUUUAAGCGCAGGAUUAAGUUUAGUCGUUAAGAAGCGAUUAAUUUAUACGAAUCGCGCGUAGAACGCGUCCCGAGUUUCUUCGAAGUCCCAAACUUUCGACGUUUCGAACCUAGAAUCGUCGCCAAAUUCCCUCGGUCUCUCGCGAAGAUUUCGCUCCUCGCAGCUCGAUGCCCACCGUGUAUAUUAAGCGAUUCGAUCGAGCGAUCUUAGUUCGUUAAUUCUCCCACCUUGUAUUUAUUCGUAAUUACGUGUUAAGACUCUUCGUUAUCUUAGCCUUCAAAGUAUUAUGCAACGAGUCCUCGUACCGCGUACGAUUUGUUCUAUCUAUCCGUUCGUCUUUUUCUUCUCUUUCGUUUAUUUACAACCUUUGGCUGUGCAAGGCGAAUUUAAUUUUAUAAAUUAUUAUUACUUCCUUUCUUUUUUCCUAUUAUUUCGUAGCUUUUAAAUCAAUGAUCGCUAUAGACCGAGGGACGGUGCGAGCAGAGAAAACGAAUAAAAGAAAAAACAGAGAGGGGAAAAAGUUGAGGCAAGCAAAAUAUCAGGGUACGUUAAAAAAGAAAAUAAUAAAAAGGGGACAACGUUUAUUAUCAUUAUCAUUAUUAUUAUUAUUCCAAUCAUUAUCGGAUGUCGAUAAUCUCGGAACGACGUUGUCGUCGCGCGAGGAGGACGAAGGAUGUGAGAAAUUUCGAGCAAUAAGCGAUAAAAACAACCUUAUAAAGCAUCUACCGUAUUACCAUUUUAUCGAUAUGUACCUAUAACGAUAAUUUAUAACUAUAAGCGAGCGUUGCGUACGUUAGUCUUACAAGAUGAAAAUAAAGUCUAGAGAUACGAAAACGAUAUACUUAAGAAUAUGCUGAGAAAGAAGAAGAGAAAAGGACAUUGGGGGUGGGCUUGGGGAAAAAGAUGAAAGAUUAAAUAAGCGAGAAAGGGAAAGCGUGAGAGAAAGGGCAUACGCGUAUGACGAAGGAGGAAGGGUUUGUCAUCCCUUCCGAACGAUAAGUAAUAUACUCUAGUGAUAUACGCAUAUACAUAUAUAUAUUACUAUAUAUGUAUAUAUCUAUAUAUAUAUAUAUAUAUUAAUUAUAUACGAUAUUAUUAUGACGAUAAUCAUCCCGUAUUAUUAGCGAUGAGAAAACUCGCGAGUGAUGUUUAUGACUUAUAAAUGAAAAGAACAAUACAUUUUAGGAAUGUAAGGGAUAUUAAGCGAAAAUAAGAAAAGGAAGGGAUGAAUUGGCCGAAUGGAGGAAGAGCGUACGCCAUCGACGAUAACGAAACGUGGACGGGUGCGUGCGUGCGAUAAUGCGGACGAAAAGAGAAAAAAAAGAUGACGAAGUAUCGGCAAGGAGAGACGAGCGAAAUACCGGGCCUGAAUUUUUACUUAUUCUUCUAAUCUAUCGAGUACUUUUUCCUAUAGAUUCCUUCAUUUUUUCUUUCUCGAUUUAAUCGAGAGAUAAUAACGAGAGAUAACGCGCCCGGUAUCGCAAACGUGUCUUCCCUCUCUCUUUCUCUCGCUCUUUCCCUCUUCUCCUGCUUCUCCUACUUGACACACGGAAUUUUUGCUUCUCGAGGGGGAGGGGAGAGAUAAAGAGAGAGAAAGAGAGAGAGAGAGAGAGAGUGUCCGUGUGUUAUCCGACGCACGCACGCAUACACGUAUACGUAACGAUCUUGGUUUUAAGAUCAAUUCUCUCUCUCCCUCUCUCUCUCCCCCCUCUCUCUCUCUCUCUGUUGUAAGGCUUGCUCGUCGAAAACAGUCGAGCUUUCGUGAUAUUUGUACUUAACUGUUAAGCUCACUCAAAGUUGGUGUGUUGAAUAAAAUAACACAUGACCGAUUAAUCGAUUAUAACGCGAUUAUCAAAGCGUCGAUAGCAAUAACAUUUUUGGUAGACGAUUACGACAAAGUUUGGUGCGUUCGACUCGACGAGCAAGCGAACGAAAUCGGCAAUAAUAAAAAUCGCAUUAGGCGAACGGGGAAAAGUAUUGAUCGUCGUCGACAUUUCUGUGUUCGGAAAUCGUCGAUCGUUCUUCUUCAGCGUUUUUAAUAAAAAAUUGAUAGAAAAAAGCGUAAUAAUUAUAACAAAAGAAAAAGAAAGAAACAAGUUUUUGCGGUGGAAAGCUCGUUCAUCUCUAAGAAGACGAUCGUGAUUUCACGGUGCACGAACUAGAAAAAAAAACAAAAGAAAAAAAGAUAAAAGGUGAGACCAUUGCUGUCGAGAAUUCGUUUUCGAUUGGAAUGCGUCGAGAGAUUCGAUCGUUCGAUCUCUCUCUCUCUCUCUCUCUCUUUCCCUCUCUCUAUCUCUUUCUCUUUCUCCCGAUUUUUGUUUCUUCCGACGAGAGAGAAGGAAAGAGAAAGAGGGAGAAAGAGAGAGUGUCACAGAUCUUUCUCUCUUUUCGUGCUUCGUUCCAAUUUUUCAUCCCGACGAAACGAAUCUCCUUCCUAUUUCUCUCUCAUUUCUCUUGAUUAUCCCUUCUCUCUCUCUCUCUCUCUCUCUCUCUCUCCCUCUUUUCUCUCUCUCUCCUUGAAAUUCAUAUCCCACGCCAAGAAAACACCACUUUGGAUACAUACCUACCUACUUACUACCACCGACGAUCAUAUGUAUUUUACACUGCGGAUGUCGAGAGUAAUUUAUUAUUAGCGUAGCUUGUAUUUUGAUGAGCGCUAACCACCUACUAGUUGAGUGUAUGAAUCAUUAGGUGAAGCAUGCUGGUUGAAUUAUCUUCCACUUAAUCUCUCUAUCUCUUUUUCCUUUCAUCGAUAUAUCAAAUAUAUAUAUAUAUAUAUAUACACAUGUAUAUAUACAUAUCUACGAUCAUUUCUCUAUCGCAAGAUGAAAUCAUUUUCGAUUAUCUAUCUUUGGAAAGAUAGAGAGAUACGAGAUCGUUAAUAACUUUAACGAAAUCAUUAUUAUUUGUUGCGAGAAACAUCGGCCCCAUUUUGUCGAUUUAAAACGAGCCAGUAAAAACUUAAUUUACCUAAAGAUAAUUACUGACUCAUCCUGUGUAUGUAUAUGUAUAUUAUAAAUCCUGCUUCCUUCGCCUUUUCCUUCCAUUGGCCAUGCGAUCCAGCAUCGAAAAGAGGAGAAGAGAAAGAAUAUAGAUCCUCGCAAACCUUUAAUAUUUUCGUGAUUUUUUCUUUUAAACGCUUCUUUUAAGAACCCAGUCUUUCCUAAAGAUAUAUCGAAAGAAACGAUAAGUAUGGAAUUUAUGAGUCGCGUCGAGUUUACUUUCGAGAUCAAGAUGUGAUCCGUUGGCCAAUCCACUUUUUUAUCUCUCUUUCUCUCUCUAUCUUUCUAUCUAUCUAUCUAUCUAUCUAUCUAUCUAUCUGUCAUCUCUCUCUCUCUCUAUCUCUAACUCUAAUCCACCGUUCUUCGUAAUCUUCCCACGUAUUUUCUUUCAUUCCAUUGGAAUAAGUUCGUAACUCCCCCCCCCCCCCUUUCUCUUUAAUCUCUCGUUGCUACGAUUUUUCAUUUAAGUCGUUUUUGUUGUCUCUUUUCGUUGCGAAUAUUCUCUCUCUCUCUCUCUCUCUCUUUCUUCGUCCAUCUCUUCUUUUUUUUUCGCCUGUGCUUUUGCGAGGAAGAAAGAUGAAUUACACGAGAAUGGGGAUAGGUAUAGAAAAAGAGAGAGAGAGAGAAAGGGAGGGAGGAAGGGAGGGAGAGAGAGAGUCGACGAACGUAAGAAAAGAGAUACAGAAUCUAUCUCUCUCUUUGCUCUCUUCAUUCAUCCAUUUUCUUUCGACAAUCGAGCCACCCUUAGCCAGCCAUCCAACGCCUAAUUGUGUAAAACCGAUACUCGAAGACUUGUAUUAUUACUAUUACGUAUGAUUAUGAUUAUUAAUUAAUUGCCAUUAUUAUUAUCAUUACUCUUAUUAUUCUUAUUAUUAUUAAUAUUACUUAUUAUUAUUCUUAUUAUUAUUGUGCAUCAGCAUCGCUAUUACUAUUAUUAUUCUUAUUAUUAGUAUCAUUAAUGUCAUUAUUAUUAGUAAGCUACGAACACGCAAGACACAAAUUCAACACACGCGAUAUACGGGCGCGUAAAAUACGUAUUCUGACAGACAAGUACACGUACACAGAAAAUAAAAGUAGUAUAAACGCGGAGUGCGUGCGUGCUCGUAGUAUAUUCUUUCGUGACUAUAUACUUUGCCCUUUAUUUUUCUUCGUGCCACUCGCAUGUGCCAUAGAGAACGCGACUUUCACCCCCUGGUCGUCUUUUCUUACUCGUCCUUGUGUUCACGCAGACAAACACGCGCACACGCACACGCGCACGUAGAGAUUAAUAGAGAAACGCAGAGAAUUUCAUUCGUUAGGGCUGAGAAUUCACGUCUUCCUCUCUCUUUCUCUCUCUCUCUCCCCCUCCCUCUCUUUCUCUCUCUCUCUCUCUUUCUCUCUCUCUCUCUCGCGCGCGCGCGCGCGUAGUCACAGACAUAGAAAACCCCAGCAGCACAAUCUCUUCAUUUAUUUAGUCGAUUUUUACUUACUACACGUUGGAAUAACGUCCCGAAAGAGAAGGGCCAAGGGAUGAGAGAAAUGUGCGCGCGAGAGCGUGCCGAGUGCUCGUUUUUCCUAGUCAAGGGUGAUGUACCAUCCCCCAGCCACCCUCUGUGCGUGUGCGCGUGGGUGUGCGUGCAUGUGCGUGUGUUAUACCACGAGAGAAAGGCGAUCGAUGGUGUGGUGCGAUGCUGUAUAUCGUUAAUAUCGUCUGGGGAUGUUACCGUCGCGCCAAUAUUUCAUUCAAUUAACAAUUAACGAUUACAAUUGAAAUGUAGAAUCGUUGAACGAAACUCCCACAUUGACAAGCUACUUCGUACAAACAUAUUUUUCAAUGUUAAUAAGGAAGUAAUAUGUUCCAAUUGUGAUGGUUAAUAUUGGCCGGUACUAUCAACGAUUUCAAUCCCCGAACCUUCGACUCUCUGUCAUCUACCGGGUGUUUAUCGAUAAUCGGUCCUGAAUUUCCGAUUUCGCAAGUGUAACUUUGUAUCUCGCGAUGGAGUAACGAGCUUGGGUUAUAUUCGUUCGUUAUAUUCGUAUUACGAUUUACGUUCUAAGGCACUGAUCCUUGUCUUAUCGUUUUCUUUUUUUACGUACUUUUCAUUUUCUUUUUCUUUCUUAAUUCCUUUAUUAAUUAUGUACUUACUAAAUAUUCGUUGUAUUUAAUGUGAACGCAGUUGUACUUACAUUCGCGAGAAUCAGCUAUUUUUUGUUUCGACGAAAAAAAUCGUUUUCGUCGUUUAAAUGAUCGCGACUGUUUGAUCAUAUUUUUCUUUUAUUUUGCGUUAGAAAUCAUUUUUGUUUGUUUAAAGUUCGUGAUUGAGAACGAUAACGUUUUACGUGCACGCACGCAUCUCUACACAUAAUCAUGUUACACACACAUAGGCAUACAGCUAUGUUCAUUCACUCGCUAAAAUUUCCUUGUUCAUUAAUCGGACCCAGGAGCGAGAGUAAUACGCGACGAAUGAAACGUCGAACAAAAAAAAAAAAGAAACAAAAAAAGGACAUGAACGUAUUAAUUAGUUUAGAUAAAUGCUUAGAAAAUUUGCCAAUAAAGUAGUCGUUUAAAACUGGUAGCUAACAUCUUUGUGUAUCUUCCCUGUAUAUUCUUUGAUGAUUCACCCUGCAAUUUCCCAAACCCCCUUUAACAACAAUCCGAUGCCGUGCCUUUUUCCCUUUUGUAAUUGAUUACUAUUGUUAUUAUAUUAUUAUUAUUACUCAUUAUAUUACCUGUAACUCGCCUAACCGUUCGGCAAUUAUUAGUACUUACUUUGGUGCCUGUGUAUUUUAUUAUCUGUUCACACACACACACGCAUACACAAUGUUCUCUCUCUCUCUCUCUCUCUCUCUCACUCUCUCUACCUACCUAUCUAUCUAUCUAUCUAUCUAUCUAUCUAUCUAUCUAUCUAUUUGUCUAGAUCUUUCUUCUCUUCCCAACAUCAAUUUCUUCCUAAUCUGAGUAUUUAUCUCUGUGUAUUUAUUAUCAUAAUCAUCAAUGUCCUCGUCACCGUCUCGUCGUCCUCGAUGUAUAUCAUCGUAUUCAUCGCUACUGCAAUCAUCGUCAUGAUUCUCAUCAUCGUCAUCGACAUCGUGAUCAUCGUCAUCAUCAUUUUUGUUGUUCGUUAUUAAAAGGCAACAUCGGUCCUGUUUGUGCCAGUAGCGCUCGGCGCAUGCCCCGCGGGGUCUCCGCUAAUUGGCUAAUUAAUAUUAAGCCGUAAUUACCGUCGUUAACCCCGCUGGGCACUAGUUUCACGCCGCCCUCUGGUUGGUCAAAAUUCCACGGAUUGUCCUCGAGUUCAUUUGCUCUUUCUCUCUCUCUCUCUCUCUCUCUCUCUCGCUCCCUCUCUGAGAGAAGGAAAAAAUCCGGCAAUUUAGUGAAAACGAGACUGCUAGAUUUCAACUUCGAAACGACGAGCUCUAAUUUCUCAAAUUUAACAAGUGGAGCGAAAAGAAAGAGCUUCUCCAUAUAUUCAUCAAUUUCAAAACGUUUUCCUUUUUCCUUCCGGAUAUAUCCAAUGGUUUUUACCGACCGAACAGAGAGUGGCGUUUUACGUAUAUAUUUCUAGCAUAUAGAUAUAUAUAUAUAUUUGGUAUACACUUAGAUAUCCCUUUAAUAUAUAUUAUUCCAACCCUUACUAUCAUCAUCCUCCCUCGUUAUCUUGCUUAUCGAGCGGUUUAAGAUAGCCAGUGGAAUUGUUGUAGCGGCGCAUGCAUCUUAGCUAGACUGACCCUGGCACAUUCUAACCGGCAAGUAAGAGUACAAAUAAACGUAACUCAUAUAUAUUUAUUCAUUCCUCCUUCUUCCUCUUUCCCUAUCGUUCUCUCUUUAUCUUUUAUCCUAAAGAAGAUCCCAGAAAAAGAAACACCAAUCUCUCUCUCUCUCUCUGUCUCUCUCUGACUCUCUUUCAUCUUCCUUCUCCUUGCAAACGCAGUGAUACAUGUAAUUCUAACGAUUUUUUUAAGUAUAUCCAGAUCGUUUUAACGAAGGAGAACGUUUCAUCCCUUCUACCUCGACUGUCUCUUUUUAGCCCACCUCAUCGGAAUUUAUUCUAAGUCGAUAUGCCGCGAUAUUCGUGGAUAUUAAAAAAAGAAACAAAAUGAAGAAGAAGGAAACGAAUUGUCUUGCCUUUGAUAACAAACUAAUGAUCUCAGCUGUGUUGUACGUACGUACAUACAUAUAUACAUACAUACAUAGAUACGUAUACCGUAAUCAAUUUCUAAUGGAUUACGGCUAAGUUGUCCGAAAUUUCGGAAAUUUUCUGCGCGUUUUCUCGAACGUGUGUCUGAUAUAGUAGUAGUGCGUAUCGAAGGAAAUCAAAUAAUGGUAAUACACGCAAAAGGACAAAACUUUCUCUGUCGGAACAAUAAAAUGCGUGAUAAGUUAAGGCAAAAUUUAUUUAAACGUUCCUCCGUUUCUAAUCGUUUCUAUCUCCUUUAUAGAAAAAAUAAGAAAAAAAAAACAAUUAGUAAGAAAAAAAAAAGAAAGAGAAACGCAAGAAAUAAUCGUGAAAAUUUUUCUUGGAAUUGUUGAGUUACGCGCAAAAAAAACAGGACCCAAAGGUAACGUGAGAUGCGUGCGCAUCUUACGUACGUAGAGUGUGAGAAAGGGCCGAGGCCGGGACCGUAUCGGUAGGGAUAACCUGCCUCUGCAUCGACGCUUUGAUUCAUUAGAGUGUGUAAUCGCGUUGGGUCCGGUACUUAACCUUGAAGUUUCAACGAUUAGUGCGAUUAGAUCGUUCAAGAUUAGAGUAGAUCGAUAUUAGCGUGUUCUCGCAGUAGAUCAUCCUAAACGAUAUAUUGAAAUAUUAAUUAGUGUUAUCAUUAAUUAUUACUACAUACAUAUCAGUACGUGCAGAAUUUUUGAAAGAAAUCGUAGUACUUUCUUUUUAGAUAAAGUGUGUUUUUCGCGGUGUGUGCGUGUGUGAUAUAUUAAGUAGAUAUCAAACAAUUUUUAACUCGUACACCGCGAUUAAAAAAGUUCGAUCGGUUAAUAAUUAUCGCCCAUGUAUUGUCGUUCAUCUAGUCAUACUUGUUUAUUAAUUCCUAAUACGGGCGUGUUAUCACUCGAACCUAAUAUCCUUCUCCGAACCUUUUUUUCAUUCCUUGUUUAGACCUGCUUUUCUCUCUUUAUCUCUCUCUCUCUCUCUCUCACACACACACUCUCUCUAUCUCUAUCUCUCUCUCUCUCUCUCUCUCUCUCUCUAUUCUCAACGUGCAAACGAAUCUUCCUCCGUGAGUAUCGGAAUAACCCGUGUGCCUUAAUCCGAACCUUUUUACCCAUCUUUUACUCCCGAGUAUGAGCAAAACGAAAUAAAAGUAAAAAAAAAAAGAAAACAUAAACAAAGUCAAAGGAAUACCAAGGACGAUUUAGAUGCAUAUUAAUCCUAUAGGCAGUAGAGAGUUGUGUGUCGAUCGCUAGAGAAUCCGCCGAUCUUCGUUCUCUGGGUUGUUCAAAGUGACCGGGGCGAAAGGACGACGUGAUCAGGUAAGAAGAAAUUCAUUUUAUUCUUUAUCUCUACGUAUAUAUUCCGCUCUGUUUACCUCUCUCUCUCUCUCUCUCUCUCUCUCUCUCUCUCUCUCUCUCUCUCUCUCUCUCUCUCUCUCUCUCUCUCUCUCUCUCUCUCUCUCUCUCUCACUCACUCACUCACUCACUCACUCACUCACUCACUCACUCACUAUAAAGUACAGAUAUAUCUUUCUAUCUGUCUAUCUAUCUAUCUCUAUUUCUCUCCUGUAGAUGACAGAUUUAGAAGUACACAUAGAUAAUCGUAUAUUUAGCGUGUUUAGUGCAAGCAUAAUUUGUUGAAACUAACAAGAAUUUGUUUAGGAGUUCGGCUAAUUUACUAGCACUCUGCUUUCGUUUUCUCUCGAUGAUGGAGGAAACGAUGAUGCAUCGGACGUAUCACGCAUUAUUUGAUAAUGAAUGUAAUAGCGUAAUGUGUCUUACUCUCGGGUGAUCGAUCGGUCGUCGAUCGGUGGUCUACGCGUGUAGUUUCUCUAUCGAAUUGAAUUUUCCGAUCGCUCUUUUAACCAAUAUUUUUCUAGGAAAAUUCAACCGGUUUCUCGUUUAAUAUAAUACUCUUUUUAAUUUCUAUUUCUUUGUAUCCGUUAAAUACAUUUUAUUCCAAAUCAAUGUGUGUAUUACGAUCUACACAACACGAUAACCAAGGUUUCUUUUUUCCUUUUCCACUUUUUUUUUUCAAACGUCUAUUAAUCCAUUUUUAGAAUACACACGACGUUACGACCGUGAAAGACCGAGCGUUCCCUCAUCAGCAGCAUAGAAUAGCAUAUAUUAACAAUGUAAAUGCUACUCGCGUUGAUAGUUUAAAAGGUCAAUCUGUCGAGUUGGUGGUACGACGCAAGUAUCCAACGUGCAUGCGUAAUAAAGCCUAUGUAACUAAUCGAUAUAUAAACCGAUUGUCUCGUAUCCGGUUUGUUUCUUUUUCUUUAGGAUACGACAAAUCGUUAAUGAAGUAAAAUAUUAAAAGAGAGAAAUGAUGCGAUCAUUGUCGAUACGAGACAACGGUACGUACGAUGAAUGUGACAGUGGAGCCUAUACUUAUAGUAGUCGCAUGCGAGAUUUGAAGAAAAGAAAGAUCGUUGAUCUCGGCAACGGUGAAUGCCUUUACUGCCAUCAUCCAUUAAACCAACCAACAACAACAACAACCAUUACCUCAGUCGACGGCGAAUAUCGAGGGAACAGAAUUAUAAAAAAAAGAAAAAAAAAAGAGAGAUAAGAAAAAAGAAAAAGAGGACGCGUUUCAUCGACGCAUUCGACACACGAAAGUUCAGAUGUCAAUUUUUAUGCGAGUCAUUUUCGAUAGUCGGUGCUUUGAGAGAAUCCUUUAAAAUAAUUCGUUCUUUUGGUCAUUUAUAAGAACUUAUCGAGAGAUUACAACUAAUCGUAUAUUAUAUACAGGGUGUUUCGACAAGAUUAUUUGUAUUUCGAAGUACGCAAAAAUGUUCGUACAAACGUUGGGCCGUCAGUUCGAAAUUUUGAAAGAAACGUUAUCUUUCUGUCUUGUUUUUAUUUACUCUUCUCUUUCUCUUAUUUUAUUUUUUCAAAAGCCAUGGGACCCGCGCAUAUUUCAUAGCGCUUUUACAAAGGUUGAUAGCCUUAUUUCUGGCGUGUGCCGGCGUCUUGUUCUUCCAGUACAUACUUAUACGUAUGUAAUACGUGUAAAUAUAUUCGCAUAUAUCGCAUAUGUAUAUUUAUAUUUGUGCAUUUUAUCCGUGUACAUUGAUUCGUCUAAUGUACGAGUAUAAAUAUGCGUAUAUAUUAUAACGGAUGUACGAUUAGUAUCGUUGGCCAAUGUGCCAAGCAUGCGUUGAAACCGUAGAUCAGUGUUUUUAGAUUUUACGAGAGAAAACCAAGUGGAGUUCUACGAGACUUUCCAAAGAUGACAAUGAUCGUUAGAACGUUGAUAUUAUAUUAAACCGAUGAUCGUUUGGACUUUAACGAUUUAUUCGUGCAUUUCUGUUCACGAAUAAAUAAUGCAAUGAGGUUUCGAUCGUAUAUUUUAACAAGAAUCUUACGACAUGGAAUAUUCGAUCUCGAUGCUUGCAAAUAUUCUGCCCGAAUCGAUACAUUUCCUUUGUACAAACUAACAGAAUUCGAUAUUUAUUUAUUUAUUUAUUUAUUUAUUUAUUUAUUUAUUUAUUUAUUAUAAGAAUUGCAUCGAUUGUAACAUUAAUUUUUUUCCCAAGACGCAUUCAGUCUCAUAGAUCUUUAUUAUUUCUCUGACGAUUUAUUGCAAAGAAGAAUGAUUGGUACGUGACUCUAGAAUCUUCGCUCUAGAAUCUCUCGUAUCUUUGUCUCUCGUCUCCUACCUUUUCUCCAAAUAUAUAUAUAUAUACAUACACCUAUUUCAAUUCCCGUUUUCGUGUGAUAUGGUACAUAUCGUUGUUAAUGAGAUGAAAAGAAAAAAGAAAAAUUCGUUGAAUUUGCUACAUGCCUAAGUACGAGAGAGAGAGAGAGAGAGAGAGAGAGAGAGAGAAAGAGAAUAGACAGAUAGAUAUAUAGAUAGAUAUAUAGAUAGAUAGAUAGAGAACACACCAACGUGGCCUUGACACGUUUCAUUUCUUUCCCUUUUUCUAUGAAAAACGAGACAAAUUGAAAAAAAUGUUAAAAAAAAAGAAAAAAAAACGCUUCAGGCAGUAUAAUUGUUGCCGACUCAAAUGCAAUUAGAGUAAUUUACAUUGAUCGAAGAGUGAGACAGCAGAUUAAUUAGCAUUGCAUGUAAUCACGCAACGAAUUCUUCUUUAACAUGGGAAAACUAAUGGGGAUCACCGUUGAUACCACUUUCUCUUCUUCUACAAUUAGUACUAUUUAGAAUUUCUUUUUCUUUUUUUUCUUUUUUUUUUUUUCUUUUUUUUUUAAUGAAACGAAGAAGGCAAUAAGAAGCUAGCUAGCUAGUUAAUAUCGACUCGACGUGUACUUUUCUACAACUUCUUAUUCACUAAUUCUCUCGUAUCGUACAAACUUUAACAAAUAAAAAAGAAAAGAGACCAAAUCGAAAGAAAAGUAAAAUUUGUAUCGUUCUCUUAUUAGAGAUUAUUAUUAGGACAAAUUCGAGUUACGAAAAGAAAAAAAAGAGAGACAGAGGACAGGGAGGGGGAGAGAGGAGGUUAUCGUGACUCGCGUUACGUAUCAAAAUCAAAAAUUAUUCGAGCGGGAGAAAAAGGCGGCAAUAAGAUAAAUAAAAAAUGUGCAGUCUUCCAAGAUCGUCGCGUCUAGGGAAGCAGAGGAAAUAAAAAGAAUAAAAUAAAAUGUAAUAAAAUAUAAUACUUGAAUCGGGAAUUGGAACUCGCGUAGAUCCUGAGACAUCCCAUAGUCACAUAGUCGAGUAAUGUAAAUAUACGUGUAUGUAUGUACGUAUAUGUAUGUAUAUCGUACAUGCAUAUUAACAGACAUACUAUGGACAUUUAUGAUAUAUACUACGCAUACACAUCACACGCGCGCACACCACAUAUAUAUAUAUUUUUUCAAUCUAAUCCGAGUGAUCUCCCUCAUCUUGUUGAAAAAGAAAAAAAAAAAAGAAUAAAAAAAAAAGGAAAAAAAAUAAAAAUAAAAACAAUAAAGAACUCGUUUCCGAUAUCGUUCUUUAAUUAAUAUACUCGUGUGAUUUCUUUUUUACGUAUAAAGAAGAAAAAAAAGGAGUCCCAGCAAUACUCUUUAAAGAAUGAAAAGUGAUUGCCGAAUUACCUCGAUUUCACGAUUUCGAUUCUUUUCGCGCGAUAUAUCGAUGCGAAACUCGAAAAGAAUCUCUCUUUCUUUUUAAAUAUAUAUGCAUACAUAUAGAUAUAUAUAUAUAUAUAUAUAUAUACACAUAUAUAUACACACACACUGACACACGUGUAGUAUAUAUUUCUUUUGUAAAUAGUUUCCUCUUAAGCGAUCUAAGCCUUAUUCUAACCGGACGAAAAUGCUCUCAGUGAGAGUAAUUAGAAGAGUUAAUCGAUCGAAGUUCAUUAACGAUACGAUAUCGAAUCUAAACCGUGCGAGAUAGAUCGUCGAUUUUCCCAAACGAUAUAUAACGAUAUAAUGUGUAAAUUGGUUUGUGUUCUUCUUUUUUUCAAAUUCUAUUCAUGUGUAUGUACAUACGUGUUUGGACAACAAGUUAAUCAUUAAGAAACGUUCAGAGGAGACGUCACGGUUUUGAUCGUCGAUACCGACUUAUUUCUCUAGAGAGAUUUAGAAAUUAGAUUUAGAUCUUAGAGUCCCACUCUCGCAAGAUUUCGUCGUUUGUGCGAUUAUUAACUAUUCGAUAUUGCAUAAGAUAAAAAAAAGAAAAAGUAAUCGUUGUUCGUAUCAAGAGAUGUUGUGAAAUUAGUCCUUUCGACGAAAAAUUGCAGAAACCCGGAACACACUUCCUCGUAAUAUAGUAUACGUAGCAGGUAGAGAGUUAUCUUAAAAAGAAAAAAAAAAGGAAGAUACUUUAAUCGCUAAUUAUCGUUAACCGUACACGAAACGUAAUUAUUGCGAAGCAAGUAGUACUCCAAUGUUUCUCCUUUCGUCGAAUGUUCUUCUCCAUACGUUGUCGUUAGUAUCGUAUUAUUACGAAUUGUUCGUUUCGAUGUUCGAUAUCGAUAACGUCUAGAAAAUCGAAAGGAUUUCGUCAGGGAGGACGAGAGAUGAUUUUUCGGACGUUCGAGAUAUGGAACGUGUUCUCUAUUUAAAAAACACUAUGUAUGUAUGUAUAACGUAGAAUAGUAUUCACAGUUUCGUUUACUCCUAAAGGAAAGUAUUCCUUUUUUUUUUUACCGAGAUCAUUUUCACACACGUAAAGGGUUGAAAACCUGUAUCGCAUUAUUAUUAUUAUUAUUAUUAUUAUUAUUAUUAUUAUUAUUAUUAUUAUUAUUAUUAUUAUUAUUAUUACUAUUAUUAUUAUUAUUACAAUUAUUAUUUAUGUAUCGUUUGUUUUCCUAUCGUCGAAAUAAAUCGACAACGUAGUUAAAUCUUUUGAACCCGUGAACGUAUGUACCAAGUGGCAACGAUUUCACAUUGUUUCUCAGUUUUAUUAGUACAAGAAAAGAUCGAUUUGGAAUUAGAAAUAAUUUCUAAUACGAUUCGUUCGACUCGACGAAAAUCGUCUCUAAUGUCUGAUCUCGUACUUAUAAUUUCUUUUCUUCCCAUUUUUAAGACUGAUGCUAGAUCGUUGCCAGUAGAGAAAAACCCCGAAUUCCGUAAAAGAUACAGCUAUCAUAGAACGCUAGUUAGACACAACCAAAUAGUAAGAAAAUACGUAGCGACUGUGCGUUAUCGAUAAAAGCUAUACUUUGAUUAUUAAGAUUUGAAAAGACAAUUAAUAAUUAUUUAUAUGUAUAUAUAUAUAUACACAUGAUUAUACAAACACAAUCCACACACGCAUAUAUAUAUAUGUAUAAAUACAUAUUAGCGAGUAGUAACGAGAAUGGACAAACGAGAAAGAGAUGCGAGAGCGACAGGACGGAGAAAGGAUUGUAAGCGAGAGAAAAAAAGAAAAGAAAGAAACGAAAAGAAAAGAAAGGAAGAAGAAGAGAAAGAGAACAAAUAAUUACCAACGUAUUUACUGCAGGUAAACUGAUUAACUGUGUACCUGUUGUUGUUGAAAACAUUAAAAAUACUCUUAUUCCACGCUAA